UCACCAUCUAUCUCAUCAACCAUCAGCCUUUCCUGCGGUAUCAAUCCAUCAACGGACAUUCAAAUCUCGCUUCACUGCAGCUGGUUCAUCUUCGCUCUCAUCUUGAUAGAAUUGUCUUUAAAAGACCGAUAGAUCGGUGAUGAAAAUGGCCUUUGCGAGGUUGGUUGAGUCCAAGACCCACCUGAUUCCAGGUAAGCUUGAGGCUGCGAAUCCUUCCAUUUUAUAUGUCUUGCGCAACUCUCCAUUUGUGGGCGAUUGGAACAAUUAGUAGACCAUCAUAUGAUACUCUUCAUUUCACGAUAUCACAACUACUUUCGUAUCCUAUCUGAACACAUUACUCCCUCCAACCCCACUUUUCGCUCCCAACCAUACUUUCAUAGCUGUAUCUCACUUAUCACAGGCAGACUACGGGUCUCAGAACUCCUUUUUGAAGUGCCCAAAGAUUACAACAACCCGUCUUCUGGAGUCCUUCAAAUCUUCGCUCGAGGUGUAACCCGUCAUGAAAAACCAGCUGCGGUUCUUACGGAAGAUGAGCGACGCAAGAAUCUGAUAAAGCCGUACUUUGUGUUUUUGCAAGGAGGACCAGGAUUUGGUAGUCCUACGCCGCAAGACUCGCCUCUUACAAAUAAGGUCCUUGAUCGUGGAUACCAAUUGUUGUUUCUUGAUCAGAGAGGGACGGGGUUGAGUAGUCCUAUCACGGCCGCUACUCUUGCUUUGCAGGGCGGUAAGUACCCGAAAUUUCUCAGAGUGAGAUAUCUUGUUACUUCCCCAGAUAGAGUCUAGAGCCGUCAAAAAUACAUACUGGGACUGUGAAUUCGUCCGAAGUCUUAGUCUUAGUGGAAUUAUACUGAUUGCGGGAACCUGCAGAUCCAAGGAGACAAGCGGAUUAUUGUAAGCUGUUCAGAGCGGACAGUAUUGUGAAGGAUUGCGAGGCGAUUAGAAAAACCUUGACUCAAGAUUAUCCGGCUGAAUUAAAGGUACAAACUCAUUGUCGACCCCAAAACAAAAAUGUGGGGAACUGACUGACAUGGUUCUCAAUAGAAAUGGACUGUCUUUGGCCAAAGCUUUGGGGGCUUCUGUAUUCUUACCUACCUCUCUUUCUUUCCUCAAGGUCUCCGUGAGGCCUUUAUGUCUGGUGGACUGGCGCCUGUUGGAAAAACUCCAGAUCAGGUUUACAAAGCUACUUAUCAGAAAGUCAUUGAACGUAACAAGGCUUAUUACUCCGUAAGUCCGCUCGCAAAUCUUUCUAUGAAGCAAUCUUGUUUUCCUCUUUUGGCGGAGUAAUAUAAGGUCCCCAAGAUUUCUACAAUUGGAAACAGAAGUUGGAAUGCUAAUUACAUUCAAAGAAAUAUCCGGAGGAUGUAGAAGCAGUCCAAGGUUUAUGUUUCCACAUCAAAAGCAAAGGCGGACUUCCUCUCCCCUCUGGCGGCGUCUUGACAGUCCGCGGCCUUCUGACACUCGGGCGGUUUUUUGGGGCUCAAGGUGGUCUCGAUACUGUCCAUGAUUUAAUUCUUCGAACCAGAAUCGAUCUUGCCAAUUUUCAAUUCAUCAGCCGUCCCACGCUUUCUGCAUUGGAGAGGGCUUUAACAUUUGACGAUAAUGUCAUUUACGCGAUACUCCACGAGAGUAUCUAUUGUCAAAGAAUGGCUUCAAAUUGGUCUGCUGAACGAGUUGGAAAAACAUUCAGAGAGUUUCAAUGGUUGACUGGAUCCCCACAAUCAGCAUCAGCUGUUAAAGAGGGACCACUUUUCUUCUCUGGCGAGAUGAUAUAUCCUUUCUUGUUCGACGCUUUCCCUGAGCUGGAAAAAUUAGCACCAGUUGCAGAGAUACUUGCACAAUACACUGAUUGGCCUGAGCUUUACGAUGAAUGGCAACUCGCACGGAAUACCGUAUCACUUUACGCGGCGACGUUCGUCGAGGAUAUGUAUGUUAACUUCGACCUUGCUCAGGAUACUGCCAAUAUGGUUCAAAACUGCAGACAAUUCAAGACCAAUUCAAUGUACCACGAUGCAAUCCGUUCCAAAACCGACGAAGUCCUCAGCCAACUGUUUGCUCUUAGAGACGAUUCCAUCGACUAAUCGACCAUGCGCUUCUUGAAAAUUACCCCUUCACACCGUACACAUAUCAAUCCAUCAACUCCAUUGCUUGUCUCAAAUGCUCGUUCAUAUCCUCAUCCCAUAUCCACUUGUACCUAAUUUCCAACGUCGCUCGAACCUUUUCUAAAUCCGUGCCAAGACUGUCGUCCUCGAACUCAUAUACUGCUGCUGCGUCUCUACUUGUCUCUACAACCUUCUGGCUCCUCGGUCUACGAAUAGCAUCAUAUGCCUUGAAUGCUUUCUCAAUCUCAUCAGCGGAGGAUAUUUUCCCGAUUAACCUUGAGAGGAUGAAUGCGUCUUCCACAGCUUGACCAGCGCCUGCGCCUUGAUGGGGAGUCGAUGCGUGAGCUGCGUCUCCAAGGAUGGCAAAUCUCUUCCUAUAAUAAGUUGGCGCAUGAGGGUGGUCGAAGAGUCCCCAUACAUCGGGACGUUUUAUCAUCUGUAUGUAAAUUAAAUGAUAAGCAUUUUCCUUGCC